UAAAACAGAGCUGAAAAGAUAUAAACACUUGACACCUGUUUCUUUGUUUCAUUUUUAAUAAUUGACGAAAGGCGAAUUGAACUAUUGGCUGCGAUGAAAGCCCUAAUAAUAGUCCAUCUUGGACUAUUGAUGCAUUUGACGGCUGCUAGAUUUGUAUCAGAUAAUAUAUGUCUUGCUAUGCCAAAUGGCCAAAAGUUGCCAGUGACAGAUGAUUGCAGUUCUUAUAUUGUCUGUGAUAAUAACGCACAAAGUAUUAAACACUGUCCGAAUGGAUUACUGUUCGACCCACAAGUUCAAGUAUGUAACUGGGCUAGCAUGGUGAAGUGUGGGCAAACACCAACAGUCCCUGAACCGUGGCGACCUGUAACGACAAGUACUGUUCACAUACCAACAGCUCCAACUCCUUCACCAACUACGCCUCGGCCAGUUCAAACCACAACAGCUCCUACUACUACCACAACGAGAGCCACUACUACGACCACAACCACAGCUCCUCCGCCAACGACAACUACAGUUGCUCCUACUAGGACAACAACUACAACUCCUCGUGUUCCGGAGAAUAAUCCUUAUCCUCAAUGUACCAGUGAUGGAUUUUACUUCAUUCCACAUCCGUCGGCAUGUGAAAGCUACUACAUUUGCGCCUAUGGUAUGCUGAUUCUGCACAGCUGUGGACAGGGAGUGUACUGGAACUCGGAUACUAAUCAGUGUGACUUCCCGGAACGCACCAACUGUUCAAAUCUUCCCAAUCCAGCAAAGCCGGAAACCUCUACGCCUUCAAUCGGCACGACCACGCCCUCAAAAUUGCCAAAUUGUAGAAGUUCCGAAAUCUUCCAUCCGAGUAUUGAGGACUGCAGCAAAUACUACAUUUGCAUCGGUUCCUCCCCUAUCUUGAUGAGCUGUCCCUCGGAUUAUCUAUGGAAUGCCGAUAUAUCUCAAUGUGACCGCCCGGAGCAGGCGCGAUGUGCAACUUCAUUUGCCUAACAUGGGUCGAACUUCUACUGUACCGAUUUGUGUGCAGAUGUGUAUUGGUCUUUUAUUAUAAAUAAUUUAUUCCAAGAUGUAUAGGAUAACUAAGACGUAAGAAAUAAAAAAAAAUGACUUGUAUUAACUGCAGGACUA